AUGUUAACAAACCCUUGGUCACCACCAAAUAAUUACAAAUUUAGUACAUUGAAUAUUUACGGUGUAGCAAGAUCUGUCUGUUCGCAUUCAUGGCUUUCGACUUAUCCGUGGCUAUCGUAUUCACAUGUUCACGGUGAAGUAUUUUGUCGUUAUUGCGUUUUAUUCAAUAGAAAACAUGCAAUAAGCGAUCGAGCACAAAAUACAUUAGGUCAAUUGGUUUUAAAACCCCUUCGUUCAUUGAAAGAUGCAUCUGAGUUUUUAAAAAGACACGAGAAAAAUGAUUAUCACUUAUUAUCAGCAACACAAGCUGAAUAUUUUGUCAAAACCUGGUCACAUCCUGAAACAAGUAUUGAUCGUGUAUUAGAUAAAGAGGAUAAAGAUCAAAUAAUUACUAAUCGAAAAAUUUUAACUAACAUUGUUAAAUGUAUUCUAUUUUUGGCUAAACAAAAUCUUGCUUUUCGUGGUGGUGAUGACGAUGGUCUGCCAGAUGCAGCAAAACUUCACCUUGGUUUAGGUGAAAACGUGUGCAAAAAAUGCAAUAUAUAUGAGUGGUCAAAUCCAGAACCAGUUAAUAAAUAUUUGUGA